GUGUGUGUGUGUGUGUGUGUGUGUGUAGCGGGUGGGUGACAGCUGGGAUCGCUGCGCUCCGCUCCAGUCUGUGGUAAGAAGCUUCAUCUCCAAAUAGGAUGAGCGUCGGCUUUUGUGGAAAGGACCGAAUUCAGAUCCGUAGCUAGUUCUGGGACCCCUCCCGGUUUAUUCAGUCCACCAAAGGGUACUUUUAAAAAACCCGUUUCUCCCCCCAUUCUUCCUUCCAGCGUGGAUUUCCGAUGGAUAUUCCGAUUUGAAGAGGUGCGAUUCGAGCGCGGCAUGUAACAAAAAGAAGCGCAUGAGAAAAAGUAGCGCUCGUGUUGUUAUUCCGAAACGAGACUCGCCUGAACUGCCUUUGAGAGCCCUGCCUCAUGGAUUACUAACGGACCGAGCUGUGAAACAACUCCGGGGCCAUAUCCAUUCAUGAGCUGAAGGCUGAGGUCGAUCUGUAGCAGAGGACCAGCAGCGGCAGCGGGCAGCGUUGUUGCGACCAUGAGGUGUGAGGCCUUGUUACUUUACUUCACGCUACUGCACAUAGCCGGGGCCGGCUUCCCCGAGGACAGCGAGCCCAUCAGCAUCUCACACGGCAACUACACAAAGCAGUACCCGGCGUUUGUAGGACACAAACCCGGCAGGAACAACACGCAGCGGCACAAGCUGGACAUCCAGCUCAUCAUGAUCAUGAACCGGACGCUGUACAUCGCAGCCAGGGAUCACAUAUACACAGUGGACACGGACACCGCCAACGGUGACGAGAUCUUUUUCAGUAAGAAAAUGACAUGGAAGUCCAGACAGGCAGAUGUGGACACUUGCCGAAUGAAAGGGAAACAUAAGGAUGAGUGUCACAAUUUCAUCAAAGUUCUCCUGCAGCAAAACGACGACACUUUGUUUGUGUGUGGCACAAAUGCUUUCAACCCCUCCUGCCGGACCUACAAGACGGACACCCUGGAGGCUCUGGGGGAGGAGAUCAGUGGGAUGGCACGCUGCCCGUAUGACGCCAAGCACGCCAACGUCGCCCUCUUCGCGGAUGGCAAGCUGUACUCGGCCACCGUGACAGACUUCCUAGCGAUCGAUUCGGUCAUCUAUCGUAGCCUGGGAGACAGCCCGACUCUGCGCACCGUCAAGCAUGACUCCAAGUGGCUGAAAGAGCCCUACUUUGUCCAGGCAGUCAAUUACGGGGACUUCAUCUACUUCUUCUUUCGGGAAAUUGCUAUGGAGUACAACACAAUGGGGAAGGUGGUGUUUCCCCGGGUGGCCAGGGUGUGUAUGAACGACCGAGGGGGCUCGCCCCGUGUCCUGGAGAAGCAGUGGACCUCGUUUCUCAAGUCUCGCCUGAACUGCUCCAUCCCCGGCGACUCCCACUUCUACUUUAACAUCCUGCAGGCCGUGACCGAUGUCAUCCACAUCAAUGGGAGGGACGUAGUCAUGGCGACCUUCUCCACACCUUACAACAGCAUCCCAGGCUCGGCGGUGUGCGCCUAUGACAUGGCAGAGGUGGCCAACGCGUUCACAGGGCGUUUCAAAGAGCAGAAGUCCCAAGACUCCACCUGGACGCCGUUUCCUGAAGACAAGGUUCCCAAGCCAAGGCCUGGAAACUGUGCCGGCACUGCAACCAUGGAAAGGUACAAGGUAUCCAACGAGUUCCCAGAUGACACGCUCAACUUCAUCAAGAUGCAUCCACUGAUGGACGAGGCAGUACCGUCCAUCGCCAACAGGCCCUGGUUCCUCAAGACCAUGGUCCGGUAUCGUCUGACGCGCAUCGUGGUGGACAAUAAAGCGGGUCCCCAUAGUAACCAGACGGUGGUCUUCCUGGGAUCAGAGAAAGGCAUCAUCGUCAAGUUCCUGGCCAACAUGAACAGCGGCUUCCUAAACGAUAGCGUGUUUCUGGAGGAGCUCAACGUCUACAACCCGGACAAGUGCAGCAUAGACGGCGUGGAGGACAAGCGCAUCGUCGGCAUGCAGAUCGACAGCAAGAGUCACGCUUUGUGGGUCGCUUUCACCUCCUGUGUGGUGAAGGUGCCGCUGUCUCGCUGUGAAAGACACGGGAGAUGCAAGAAGUCCUGUAUAGCCGCCAGAGACCCGUACUGUGGUUGGGUGUCAGAGGGAGCCUGCAAACAGGUGGUUGGUAACACAAAAUCGGCCUUUGAGCAGGACGUGGAGCAUGGUAACACAGAUGGCCUGGGAGACUGCCAAAACACCUUUGUGGCGCUGAACGGCCACCAUCACCGCCACCAUCACCGCACCCUCUCCCUCCCCACCUCGGCCCUGCCCGAGGCGGCCGAGGGCCCCCUGGGGCGGGGCCGCAUGGUGGAGCGGAAGGACCCCCCAAUGAGCUCAGACAAAGGGGAGGACCCCUACGUAGCCGUGCCCUCUCAGACCCAGCCCGAAGCCAAUGGUGUGAUCCGCGAGAGCUACCAGAAGGGUCGCGACCAACUCGUUCCCGUGACCUUGCUGGCCAUCGCCGUCAUCCUCGCCUUCGCCAUGGGCGCCAUCUUCUCCGGCAUCAUCGUCUACUGCGUCUGCGACCACCGCCGGCGGGACGUCGACCUGACGGGCCGCAAGGCGAAGGACGCGCACCACCACCACCUCCGCCGGGGCUCCAUGAACAGCGUGACCAAGCUGACGGGCCUGUUCGAGACGCAGGCCAAAGACGGACGCCCCGAGGCCAUCCUCACGCCUCUGAUGCACAACGGGAGGCUGACGGCCAACGGGAAGAUGCUGAUCAAAGCGGACCAGCACCACCUGGACCUCGCCGCUCUGCCGACGCCCGAGUCCACCCCCAUGCAGCCGCGUCGCAAACCCAGCAGGGGCAGCCGCGAGUGGGAAAGGAACCAGAACCUCAUCAACGCCUGCACCAAGGACAUGCCGCCCAUGGGUUCGCCCGUCAUCUCCACGGACCUGCCGCUGAGGGCCUCGCCGGGCCACAUCCCCAGCGUGGUGGUCCUGCCUCUGCCGCAGCAUCAGCACCAGCUCCAGCCUCACCUGCAGCAGUCCUACCAGCAUGAGUACGUGGAGCAGCCCCACCACAGCGACCUGGGCAUGGGCCACGGCGUCAUGGACGACCAGGGGGCCACCCUGGAGUACAAGACGGUCAAGGGCCCCUGUCACAGCCUCAACAUGGUGGAUCCAGACGGCGCGCUGCCGCCGCGCGUGCCCCAGCGCGAGGCCUCGCUCACCGUCCCCCCGGCCGUCCCGCAGAUGGGCAAACGCCUGGAGGUCCACUCGUCGGUGUACGGGCUCCGGAAGGGAUCGGCGUCCGGAGCGUCCGGAUCCUCCGCCCUCAAGAGGCACAACACCAACUCAUCCAACUCCUCCCAUUUGGCGAGGCACCACAGCUUCAACCGCGUGGAGACGCCGCCCCCGGCUCCCCAGAGGGUGGACUCAAUACAAAUGACAGCACAGGGCGUGUCUCUGUCCCGGCAGCCUGGAAUGAGCUCCUACGGGUCACUGCCUCGAACGGGCCUCAAAUACCUCAAGCCCGACGUCCCCCCGAAACCCUCCGUGGUCUCGCUGUCAACAAAAGUCAAGUCCAGUGACUCCUGCACAUAGUCGGUCACUCUUCUGGUCGGUCCAAUGUGAACAGCAGUGAGAGGUUUUUUUUUUGUGGGUUUUUUUUUCGAACAAGAGAGGAAAAAAAACAGGAAAUACUGUACAAGUUGCGUCUCUUUUUAGUGUUCUUUUGGUCUGUAUGUUUUUGGUGUACAGUACAGUGCGACACAGUUUUUUUUCUCUUCUUUUUUUUACAAAACACUUUCUUUUUAUAUAAAUAUGUAAAUAUUAUACAACUGGUUGUCGUCAUUUGUUUCCCAUCACAGAGCUCAUGCUCUGGCUGACUGUGCGAGCAGGCGACGAGCCGUGGAUCCGAUGGCGCCCUGUAGCAUCCGAGACGGUGGCUCUCUGGUUUGUGGCGUCUGUGGCCAUCGCGACUUCAGACUAUUGCGAUGGUAAAAAAAAAAAAAAUUGAAAAGAAAGAAAGCACACAAGCAGACAGCACUGGGGGAAGGGGUUGGGAGAGUUGUACAGUACCUUGAGGACUGGCAAAGGAAAGAAACUGAAAAGGACAGACGUCUCUGCCGAGUUGUGUCACAAACUGUGAAAAGGCCUCUCAGUGUUACAGCAAUCAAGUCCCGCCUGGGUUUUCAAAUGAACACCGUGGGGAAAUCGUCUAUUGUUCUGGUUACUGAAUAACACAUGACUGUUAAUACCAAUAGCUUGUUGUAUUUAUUUUUAUUAAGUGCUUUUGGAAGAAAAAAACUAAACUUUCUAGGCUCAGCGAGAGAGAGAGAGAGAGAGAGAGAGAAGAGGGAGAACACAGAAGAGAUCUUUUAAUAUUAAUGAAUCAUGUGUAUGGAAAAGAAGAAAAAAAAACAUAUUUAAAGUCAUUAAACUGGAGCCCGUAGAACUUUGUUGAUGACUGAAGGUCGGCUGGGUCGUACUGUGCGCUCAGUGAGACCUGCAGACUGACAUUGAUGUGACCUCUGCUAUGAGGAGCAGAUAUUUAUUUACUGUGCCAGACUUCUACCUUCGUGGAACGGACUUCCCGUGGUAUAAGACCAAUCAUGAACAAAAAAUAGAUAGACUUCCCCAAUCUCACCUCUUCACUACUCCAAUGAGCAACCCCCACGCCCCCCCCCCCCCCCUCCCCUCAAUCAGCACUGUGGUUUUUUGAGUGAGUCGGUGACGUUUGUCCCCAUUUGGUCACUGGCUUACCGGUGCCAUCUAAGCUCGCCGUUGCAUGGUGCAAAGCGCGAGAGAAGCGGAUGCGGCAACGGUGCGGGGACGUCUGCGUACAGGAAGCUGUGCCUCCACCUGGGUGGCGCCACGCCGACGGGGCAGGCGGGAAAAGAGACAACAAAAAACAACUGGCCUGCUUCUUUUUCCACAUGUAAAUUUGUGCCUUACACCCUAAAGUAGUGACAACGUUUUCUUUAAUAGCUGUUGACUUUGUCUCCUCGUAGUAUCUCUUCUUUUUUAUUUUUCUUACAUCAUGAUAUUCCCCUGGUUUGAUCAAAUUUCAAAUUAAAGAAUGUAGAUGUUAUUGUUGUAAUUCUGGUCCCUAGACAUAACACACUUACAGUCUGGAGGAAGGAGAGGAAGGAGGAUUUCAAUUCCUGCAUCUCUCAAACACACACAGACACACACACACACCUUUGUGGUUCAUUUCUGAUUGUGCCAUUAAUGCGCUUAAAGCAACCCUUUAUGUUGUGCUGGCAGUGUCGAUGAAGACGUUUUUUUUUAUACGAUUUUAAAGUCUUGGUAUUUUUGUUUUGUGUUUUAUUUGCUGUCUGUUGGUUUGAAGUGGUGGUUCAUUGACUGAUUAACCAAACAAUUAACAUGUUAAUGAGAAGGCCA